AAAUGGUUAAUGUGGUAUUUGCGCAUGGAAUAAUAAUGUGUGAUGCUACUGUUGCGCCUUUAAUCAAAUUCUAAUGGUUAAAAUCAAAGUGUAAAUGGUGUACGUAUACAUAGGUACUCCCACGACAGUAUAUUUGCGCCAAACAUUAGUUAUUUACAUAAAAGUAAGGAAUAUGGCACAUUACGAGGAAAUAGUGAAGUACGAGGCCCCUUUGGGGCCGAGUACUUUAAUUUCCGAGUCAGAGUGCCAAAAUGGCAGCGGCGUGCAGAAGGGGAAGCGCGACGCCGAACGAGGGCGCUUAGACGAUGAGUUCUCUAGGAUGCCCAUGGACCCCCCCACGUUAGUGCAAGUCUUUUUUUGCGUGGGGCAGCGCCACGAAACCGCCCUUUUUCUUUCAAAUACCCCUGUGGAGCAACUGAAAGAAUUGUUCCGUACGGCAGCUGAAGCGGGUCCUCGUGACAUUCUGAAAUUGUACAAUACAGCCGGACAGUUACUGAAUAUAAGUCCCGAGUUACUUCCAAACUCGCCAGAAAACCCCUACUCGCUACAAGUUGUAGCGGCGAACGGAUUUGCUAUGCUCCAUAAGAGUACGGGCGACGAAAUGAAAGCGCUAGAAACCAGAAUAUCCGAAUUGGAGCGACAACUUAAAUCAGAUUUACCGCUACCGCCAGCGGUACAGCAAUUGCAAAUGCAAGUGGAUGCAUUUAGACAGAAGUUGGAAACAACGGAGAGCUUAAGUUGGUUGGGUAAGUGAGUUUUGUACCAAAAU